ACGGAAAAGUGAAAGAGAAGAACAGGGCACAAGUGAGAACUUGAUUGGAGAAAUGGUGAUAAUUUAGAUUCAAGAAGAGUGGAGUGAUGGGUGGUGUGCUGGUUGUCGAGCAGAUUCUAGGAUAUUCGUAGGUUUUGUUUGUAAUGUUGACGUAAGUGCUUGCAGUAAUUAAUGGAGGUUGCUGUGAGUGGUGGAGAGUGAAAACAGGGUGGUUCUUUUAUUUUAUUGUUUGGCAUUAGUUGGUCUGUUUUUUGGAAUGGCGGAUUUGAUGGCAAGUUUGGUUUGAGCAACUGGGGAUUUAGAGAGUACCCACCACCUGCUCAGUGCAGAAGAAGGAGGCAAUUGCUGACCUUUUAUUCUGUUGGAGCUCUGAAUCAUCUUAGUCUGUAGGAAUCAGAAGCUUGGUGUUUCUCUCUUUCUCUCUCUCUACCACUUUUUUGGUUUUUUUAUUUUAUUUAGGCUUAUUUUCAGGGUUUUUUUAUUUUUUAUUUUUUAUCUUCCUGUUUGUCCUUUUUAGAACAUACCAGCUUCCAUUUCCGUUCAAGAACUGGGGAUCUUUCUUGGGACUAGUUCUUGUAUAAGUUGUUAGCUAGUCCAUAUUGAAUUUUCAAUUAUUUGGAUCGUCUGUUUGCUGAGGUUUUUUAUUAGAAGCAUACAUUCUGUGUUUCUCUGAAUCUGAUUUGGUCUUUUGCGGUUCCUGUGAUCCAUCCCCCCCCCCCUCCCCCACCAAAAGUGAGUUGGGUUAGUAGAAGAAUUGACAGCUCACUGUUUCUCUCUACCAUGAGGUAGAUAGAUAGAUAAGAGAGAGAGAGAGAGAGAGAGAGAGAGAGAGAGAGGACUAUCCAGGGAUUGCUAUAGGAGUGCAAGAUGCCAGCUGCUACACUGUUGUGGGCUUUCUCCCUCAACACAGAGAUCUCCAACUGCCUUGGUUUUUCAGAGACAAUCCGAGAGGGAGGUCGGUCUCUUGAUGGUUCAAACUCUUUAAGUCGAGCUCUGUCUGCAAGGUUUGAUGGAAGACUGAGGGGGAAGAAACCCAGAUGGAGUUCUUGCUCUCUCGGUUCAUAUUUGAAGUAUUCAUGUUUGUCUGGGUCACAGAACAGUGGAAACUUCCCUGUUUUGUCGAGCUUGGUUGCAAAUCCUGCUGGGGAAAAUGCAAUCUCCUCAGAACAGAAGGUGUAUGAUGUGGUGCUUAAACAGGCAGCUCUGGUUGAAAGGCAGCUGAAGUCUAGUGUAGCUCUCGAUGUGAAACUGGACAUGGUUUCUCCGGGAACUCUCAGUUUGUUGAAUGAAGCUUAUAACCGGUGUGGAGAAGUAUGUGCAGAGUAUGCAAAGACGUUCUACUUGGGGACUCUGCUCAUGACCCCUGAGAGGCAAAGAGCUAUCUGGGCAAUUUAUGUUUGGUGCAGAAGAACAGACGAACUUGUAGAUGGACCCAAUGCAUCACAGAUAACACCAACAGCUUUGACAGGUGGCAAUCAAGGUUGGAAGAUAUUUGCAGGCCGUCCAUUUGAUAUGCUUGAUGCAGCUUUAGCAGAUACAGUUGCAAAGUUUCCUGUUGAUAUUCAGCCAUUCAAAGACAUGAUUGAAGGAAUGAGGAUGGAUCUUAAGAAGUCUAGAUAUAAGAACUUUGACGAACUCUAUCUCUACUGUUACUAUGUAGCCGGGACUGUUGGAUUAAUGAGUGUUCCAGUCAUGGGUAUUGCACCUGAAUCACAGGCAACAACAGAGAGUGUCUAUAAUGCUGCCUUGGCAUUAGGAAUUGCCAAUCAGCUGACCAACAUACUCAGGGAUGUGGGAGAAGAUGCAAAAAGAGGGAGAAUCUACCUGCCACAAGAUGAGCUAGCACAGGCAGGGCUCUCGGAUGAGGAUAUCUUUGCAGGUAAGGUCACAGACAAAUGGAGGAGUUUCAUGAAGAGCCAAAUUCUGAGGGCAAGGAUUUUCUUUGAUGAAGCAGAGAAAGGGGUUACAGAGCUCAGUUCUGCCAGUAGAUGGCCGGUAUGGGCAUCCCUGCUAUUGUAUCGCCAGAUACUGGAUGAGAUUGAAGCUAAUGAUUAUAACAACUUCACCAAGAGGGCAUAUGUGAGCAAAGCUAAUAAGCUACUGGCUUUGCCUGUUGCUUAUACCAGAUCUCUUAUUGGGCCAUCAAGAAUAUCAAAUCCUGUGAAAGCUUGAAUCAAAUUGAUCACAAUGGAUUCUACAGCAAUGUCUACUCAGAUACAGACUACAAUAGAAUUGGGCAUAUAUUUUUACUGCUGUAAAUAUUGCAACCCUGACAUUGAUCUUUCUGAUUAAAUAUGAGGUAAAUGGUGAUGCACACACACA